CACGGUACACAAACUCCUCACUCUUCCCCUUCCUUUGCUCCUUUGGCCCUCUACUCGCACGUUUUUAGCACAGGGAGAGAGAGGAAGCUCUUCUUCUGAUACACAGAGAGAGAGAGAGAGAGAGAGAGACGGAGUUUGUAGUAGAAUGGCGGAGGACGCGCAAGAUAGCGAGAGCCCUGUGAAACAAGUGAAGCAGGAGGCGCACGAUAUCCAGUCCCAGAUUAAGGAUGCUAUGCGCUCACGCGUCCCUUACUUCAAAGAACAAUCCGAUUCUUUGACUUUUGAGGGCGUCCGAAGAUUGUUAGAGAAAGACUUGGGGUUGGAGGCAUUUGCAUUGGAUGUGCACAAAAGAUUUGUCAAAGAACACUUGGUGGAGUGCUUAGAAGGUGCUGGUGAUGACAAUACCUCAAAGAGUUCUGGGGAGACUGAUGAAAAAAGUAUAAUUAAAGGGGAAGCAGCAGAAUCUCCUGAAGGGUAUAAGUCGAAUAAAGAUGUGAAGGAAACUUACUCAGAAGAUGAGGAGAAAAUGGAAGACUCUCCUGUAAUGGGCCUUCUAGCAGGGAAUAAAAUAGCCAAAUCUGGAACUGAGGAAACUAAAAGCACCAAAAGCAAAAAGGCUCCAAGUGAGACUGUGAUAAAGUCAGCCCUUAGAAAAAGAGUUUCUUAUAUCAAAGCUAAUUCCGAGAAGAUUACUAUGGCUGGACUUCGCAGACUUUUGGAGGAAGAUCUUAAGCUUGAGAAAUAUACUCUUGAUCCCUGUAAGAAGUUUAUCAAUGAGCAUUUAGACAAGGUUCUAGAAUCUUGUGAAAUUUCUGAACCUGCGCCUGUCAAAAAAAAUGUUAAGAAGAGUGUUCAGAGAAAAGCAUCUACCAAGGUCAGAAGCGAUGAGAGUUCUGGCUCUUCGGAUAAUGAAAGUGAUGAGGAAGAAGAUGAAGUAAAACCUAGAAACAAAAGUGUUCCAAAAGGAAAGAUGCAGAACUCUAAUGAUCUGAAGAAACGGAAAAGAAUGGCUAAUGAGACAAAUGUCUCUGGAAAGAAGCGCAUCAAACCUUCUGAAACAGAACCAGAGGACAAAAGUGAUGCAGAAGUCAGUGGAAAUGUCUCUGAAGAUGAUCGGUCUCAGUCAUCUGCGGAAAAACCUAUCAAGAAGAAAGAAGUUUCAACACCUGCAUAUGGGAAACGUGUGGAGCACCUAAGAUCAGUUAUUAAAGCAUGUGGAAUGAGCGUUGCCCCUUCAGUUUACAAGAAAGUCAAGCAGGUGCCUGAGAGCAAACGUGAAGCUCACCUGAUAAAGGAGUUGGAGGAGAUACUCUCUAAAGAAGGAUUAUCUGCACAUCCCACUGAGAAAGAAAUCAAAGAAGUCAAAAAGAAAAAGGAAAGGGCAAAAGAACUUGAAGGCAUUGACAUGAGCAAUAUUGUAACUAGUUCACGUAGAAGGUCCACAACUAGUUUUGUACCUCCACCAAAGCCCAAAAUACCAGUUGAUAGUGAUUCUGAAGAUUCUGAAGAUACAGCUGAUGACAAUGAUGAAGAAGAGAAUGAGGUUGAAGACGAGGACAAUGGUAAUAGCGAUAACAACCAUAGUGAUGAGGAUGAUGCUGAGGACAGUGAUUAAAUUCUGCAUAAGCAGAUUUGCAGAAUACUAGCACAGGAGAUUUAGUUUUAAAUUAUUAUUGUACAAUGUAGAAUCAAUAUAGCUUUAUGUGAUAUUUCUUAAGGGUGGGGGACUAAAUAGCAGUGAUGAAGUGGCACUGAUAACUUUCAGUUAAAUUAGCUAUCAAUAGUUGUGCCGUCGGGAAAAUGGUAUUAGUUGUGUUCUAUGUUUAUUAAUUUGUUUGCUGGCCCCAUUUUGAUUAGACUUACCACCAAAACAACUCCUUGCACACAGCAGUAGGGAUUAUUUUCUCAGCAAAUUGGUGUGUCCGGGUGGUUAAAAAAGCCAUCCAUCUUGCUGGAGUUGCUAAAGCUAUUUUUUCGGAGUUGGAUGGAUCUUACUUGAGGAGCAUCAAACAAGCUUGUUUGACAACUUCAUCUGCGUGUGAUGAUAUGGAUUUGACUUCUUGGUUUCCCUUUUGAUGUUAUUUACACUUCUGUAAUGUUCUGUUUACUGUAUUUGAAUUGGAAUAUUGAUAGUUACCAGGGUUAAUGUGAAAUGCAAGCUGUCUGAUUUACUUUUA